GCGAGUUUAAGGGAGACAUAACAUAGAAUCAGUUAGCAUGCCUUGUGGCUACAUAACAUAGUCCUAGCUACCUAGUGUAACUAAUUUCAAAUUAUCUGGAAUUCCACCGUCAAUCAUCAUCAUCGCUAUGUCACAAUAUCGCAGCCUAGUCACGGAGUUUGACAAGAAGGAGUCGGACCAACAAUCCGCUGCUAUGGAUGAUGAAUUGUCAAUGGAGCAGAUAGCGGAUUUGAAGGAAGCUUUUGCCCUUUUCGACAAGGAUGGUGACGGCAGUAUAACCGUGAAGGAGCUGGGUAUUGUAAUGAGAUCUCUUGGACAGUAUCCAACGGAAGCAGAACUCCAGGAUAUUGUCAAUGAAGUAGAUGCCGACGGCGAUGGAACAAUUGAUUUUGAUGAAUUCAUUGAUAUGAUGACAAAAAGGAUGAAAAGGUUAAAAGACGUUGACCCCAUCAAAGAACUCCAAGAAACAUUUCGAGUAUUUGACAAAGAUAAUGACGGGUUUAUCUCAAACGAGGAAAUACGACACAUUAUGAAAAGUUUGGGUGUGAUAUUGACAGAGGAAGAAGGAGAGGAGAUGAUAAAAGAAGCUGAUGCUGAUGGUGAUGGACUUGUGAGUUUCCAAGAUUUUGUGAAGAUGAUGGGAGAAGAAAGUGUUUGAAGUAGAUCGCCCUCUAACGACAAAGGAUGUACAGAUGCACUCGUAAUCCGCAUAUCACCAACAAUGAACACAGCUUCAUCGUUUGAAAUAUAAAAGACAAAGUUUCUGUUAUGGGCAUAUUACCAAAAAUGCUUUCAAUUUUGUAAUAUGUAAAAUUCCGAGAUACUUGUGAUGAUGAUGAUGUGCAUGUGCAUACCAUGUGCAUUUGAAUGAGAUGUACAUAAACUAUAUAUUAGUCAACUAUUAAUGCGCAGGAUUUUCACAUUUAGCGCAUUGUAUGGAGAUGGGGAAAUAGUCAGCAUGCUGAAACAUUCAGAUUGUUAAACCUCUGAGAAUGUACCAUACCAGUAGCAUACCAAUGCAGCACACUACGUCAUUUGAUUGUCAAUUGCAAUUUAACUACAUAAAUCAUGGUCCUCAUUCCAUGACACGCAACCGCCUCGAUUAGAACUAUUCACAAACAGAUAGACAAACAGAUGUAAUACAUUAUCGUCCUUCUAAGCAAACUGUAUUCAUUUAUAAAAGUCUGGUGUGAAAUGGAUCAGUCCGUAUGCGUAUUCAGAUCUGUGCCUUGACCUCAUUCGUAUAUGAAGGCUCCGGGUACACGACGGUAGUACUAGUAUUAGAUUUAUAUCAUCAAGAAAUAAUAUUACCACAUAUUUCAGUUAAUAUUAACUAUCUUCUACAAUACUCAUGUCUCGUCGCCUUGUAAAUAAAUCAGAUUACCAGUACAUAUAUACGUUACAUAUGUAUUAUUUGUAAGAAAUCCUGAAGUUGAAAGUAACGCCCUUUCCCUGACCAUCUUUUUUAGUUGGAGAAUUGAUAUACAAUGCUGCCCUCAGUGGCAAAACAUGGGAAGUACUCAACGAGAAUUGCAUCAGCGAAGAUUGUUUACAGCAUGAGAUCUCGGACCUCUGAUUGGUAUGGUAUUUCCCAUCUGAAAUUAACACACUUAGGCUCAGCCCAAGUAUUAUGUGAUCCGGUUGGGGUUGAUGCUCUGUAGGUCUGAGUAUUGGUCGACUUGACAUUUCUGAAAAACUUCAAAUAAAAUAUUUUCACAAGCUGGUUUUCCCAACUUAUUCAGUUCACAAUAUUUCAAUAACCAUGGACGCCUAUCAUGAUGUAUUAAAAGUAUUAAAAGUUGUUUUGUGCACC